GGCGAUUUGCCGCAUAAUGUAUGCCUAUCUUCCAGCUGUUGUAGCUUUGGUUUUCUUGUGGCAAGGGGGAAUAUGAACACUUGGAGAUAGUUGUCCAAGUUAUGGGUUCGAAAAACAAAUUUCUGCGAUAUGGACUACCGUUUGUGACGAUGGUUGUGGUUGGAUCAUUUGGUUUAAAAGAAUUUUCCGAGGUUAGGUACAAAUUCAGGAAGUUCAUGCCCCUAAAACCUGAAGAAGUCGAAAAGGCCAACAUAAAAAUGAAGAAACCUGGUGAAGUGACUUUAGAAAGCGAAUACGAAAAAUUGAAGCAGAUUGACAUUGAUAACUGGCAAAGCAUAAGAGGUCCAAGGCCGUGGGAAGAAGACACUCUCCACAAGAAGGAUAAAAAAUCAGCAUAAACUAUCUGCAGAUGCAAGGGAAUGUCAGCCUGCCAGUAUGAUUGACGUAGAGAUCAGGUGAUGCAAGAAUUGUGAAGCAGAAACAAAUUUCCUUACGAAAGAAUGUUGGCAUUGUAAUUCGAACACUGUCAAAUAGCGAAUGUUGUUUUGUAAUAAAUGUAGUAACAAAUCUU